CAGAUCACCACCGGCAAUUAGAGCAGCGCACGUAGCUUACACGUUUGAAGCUAAUCUGCUAACAUUACAACAUAAGCAGCAAGUCUUACUCGCCCUGGCUAUCUUUACCAAUAGUGGCUGGUCAGUUGAAGGGGUGUGGGUAUGUAUUUAGAUUGCUUCCAACAGUCUGAAGCACUCCUUUUCCGUGCACUGAAGAUAAUUACGUUGAUCUUGGCGUCUUCAUGUCAAAUUGAUUUUGCACGGGUGUCACUUUGGUAUUGUGAAGUCGAAGACAGAUUUGAAUGAGCUGGAAGGGAAGGAGGGGGAAGAAUGAAGAGUAAAAUACGGUACCGUGCUUCUAAGUGUCAGUACACUCAGUAAGAGCCUGAGAAGUUACUUUGCAUUGAGUGCCAGACAGCAGAGGCGCGAAGAGGGUUCAAAAGAUCUGCUAUGUGACAGAAAAAAUGUUCACUCCACAAUCCAAUUGGUUCUAACUGAACAUAAAACCAAAAUAGUCUGCAAAACAAAACCGCCAAAGCUCAUCUAAAUUAUCAAAAUAGACUUUGUGUGUUUGUAUUAAUGUAAACACAUAUAUCCUUGCUUUUCCACUGAAUGGUGGACAUAUUCAAAUGAUUAGUUUCCGCGUCAAUUAAUCUGGGGGUCGAGCUCUUGACAAAGCUUUUGUUAAAAUAUUUGGAAAGUGCUUCGGUGAUUAAGGAUUGGGUCAGAAUUGCCGUACCUUGUCGACACCGAUUCGCCCGCGAUAACACUCGUUCCAAGGAAGGCCAGAUAAAAUCAUCGAGACUACAACCCUGCUAAUAGAGAUGAGAAACGACAUCGGCACUCACGGUACAUUAUGGAACUGAGCCCCUUCUCAAAGGGACUGUGGGCAGGUGAUAACAAAUUUCUACAUCAUCUCUUCACUGACAUAUUAACCAGCGUGCAUAUCAUUCGCGAGAUUCCCGAGGACACGAUCUUUGGACCCUGUAUCCUUCAGAACACCUUUUAUGACACUAUAGCUUUCAUUGCGUUGAAGUCUUCAGACAGGAGAAGCGUUCCGUACGUGUUCAGGGUAGAUGCCACAGCGAUUAGCAGCACCACGGAUGGUGUGUCCUGGUUGAAACUCGUGCAAGCGGCAAACAACUCAAAAGAACAGAACCUGGAGGCGUAUCUGAAGAGUGGUCAGCUGUACUACCGCUCCACCAGGAGGAUCAGCAAAGACGAGGAGCUGUUUGUAUGGUACGACAGCGAGCUAUCCACACUCCUCGGACUCACUGAUAUCAAAACUCGAGCUGACUCCAACACUUUUAGGUGCGUGGACUGUGAUCAGGAACUGAAAUAUGAGAAUCCAUACUUGGCUCAUGUCCGCUUCCUGUGUGGAAAAAGGAAAGACUGUCUGGCCUGGAGGGACUUGCAUGCGCUCGGGACUGCUCCGGGCUCUCUACUGAAAGAGCCACAACGGAUUACCGAGGAUAGAGUCACGAACUUCCACAGGAUCGCUCACGACCUGGAGCACUCGAAGCGAAAGCCUGGCGCCCAGGACGAGAGCCGGUCCCCAGGCGCCAGCAAAAGGAAACAAGACGGAGGGGAGGAGAAUAAAAUCCGCAAAACCGUUCUGUUGGAGAAGACGAACAAUUUAGGCUGUGACCAGGGAGAGCAGCUUCCGAGAGAACAGUCAAGUGUCUGCCCGGCCCUCGCGGUCUCCAUUUGGAGACUUCACUCAGACAAGUUCAUGUUGAAGAAAGACUCAGCCGGGCAUAACACCAGUGCUUUUACCGAGGUUCGGCGGCUCAGAGAUAAGGUUAGAGCUGACAAAACCGAGGGCAUUGUUAAAGAGAGCAGCCCUGACCUGACCAGGAAGGUCAGUCUAAGAACAGACGUGGUUCUCAGCUCCACAGGGAGCGCCUUCUCUUCAGUGUUACCUUCAAGUGCCCGCGAAGAACGGAAAAGUGCGUUUUGCCAACCCCAAAGGAGGACAGCUCUGGGUCCUUCAAUGCUGGUAGCGCACGCCCUUCGCCCUCCUACAGAGUGCUCUCGGGAUUUCCCAGAUUCUAUCCCUUCCAGCCCUCUCCCUGGCCACGCCAACCUGUUGGGAUCCAAGCUUCUCAGUGCUGACCUUAGCGGCUCCCACAUACUACACACCAGCGUGAGCACUCACAGCCCAUUUCUCUACAGCACUGAGCUGUGGCCAAAGCCGGGGGGAGUACAGUUCCAGUCCACUUCCUCGCUGACCCUGCUACCGCCGUCCUAUACCUCGUUCGCGGUGUCCGCUCAGAACUGGUGCGCCAAGUGUAACGCCUCCUUCCGAAUGACAUCCGACCUGGUGUUUCACAUGAGGUCCCACCACAAAAAGGAGUACGCCACCGACUACCUGAGCCAGAGGCGCAGGGAGGACAAACUGACCUGCCCGAUUUGUAACGAGUUCUUCAGGGAGCGCCAUCACCUCUCGCGGCACAUGACAUCGCACAACUGAGAUCCGAUUCGGCAUUGUAAGGAGUGAGGUUUAUCAUCCGUUUUUCUUUGGUCGGAGUUUAAUUACAAACCGGCAAAGCCCCUUUCCAGGACAGAUCAGACGACCUGACCGUUUCAAAGCUGGCGAACGAGCUGUCUUAACCUCCAAAAUAAUCUUGCAAAACGCAUUUAUUUAGAGCGGGCAACUGAAUCCGGAAUACAGACAACUAUCAAUGUAAUCCAGGUUGCAUUUGCAGAAUAAUACCUACAAAUGAAUGCACUUAAUACAAAAGACCCCCGAAACAGUCGCUUUAAACACCGUUAUGUACAGUAACACUUUCUGUUUUUAAGUACUGUGAACUUCUUGUAAGAGAAGAUGCAGCUGGUAAAGCGACCUACAAUUUUCAUUUCUUCUCGGUUGGAUAAUUCCUUUUCAGAGUAUACUGUAUGUAUCUGCAGUCCACUUGUUACAAAUAUGUGACCUUCAUUCUUGUACUCCCAUUCCCGUACAGUCUGACAUUGUCCCAACAGCAGAGAGACGGCGGAAGAUCAAUUUUCACAUCAGCCCUCUGAAUUGUUAGGUGUGUGGCUGAUCAUCCGUUCGAACAGAGCCUGGUGGUUGGAUUGAAAUUGACAUAUAAACACUCAACCAAUCACUCUUGAAAGUUGGUCUGUUUCCUGCAGCCUACCACUGCACCCUGAUAGGGUUGAGGAAAGGUUGGGGGGUGCUUAAGUCAAUGUUGUUUCACGUACAGCCAAGUGGAAGUCAUGGUGCUGAUGAUUGGUUAACAGAAGCUGCAGGGCAAACAGUAAAGAAGGAUGGAAGAGCUCAAAUAAUAAUAGCCCGUUGUUAUUAAUAAUAUUAUUAUUAAUUAAUAAUUUAUAUUAAUUAAUAAAGUUAUUAUUAAUAAUUAUUAAUAACGGGCUAUUAUAUUUCUUUAAAUUCAAUACUUUUUCUGUCACCCAGAACAAGUCAAAGGCAGGAGGGAACAGAGGGGUAUUCACCGAGUGAGUGCUCAUUGAGGAAGUUUCACUUCAAUUGAUUGUCGUUCAGGAUUCAUUUUACAGGUGUUUGUAUGUCGGACGAAUCAGUGACAGUGAGACAGUAAGAAGUACCGAUGCUGGAGUCAGAGAUAACAUAGUGUGGAGCUGGAGGAGCACAGCGGGUCAGGCAGCAUUAGAGGAGCAGAAAAGCUGACGUUCCUUCAGAGAAAAAAAAUCGGUGACAGUGACUGAGAGUGUCCAUUCAUAUUAGCUGUUGCUUAUUACAUUCUGUGGAUCUGAACUAGGAGGAACCCAGGUCAGCUGAACACGUCUCCUGAUCAACUUUAUCAACUUCCAGUUGCUACGAAAUCCUUUUUGCUCCUCUCCGUUUCUCACCUGGAAGGACAGUAGUAUCAGGUACAUGGGAAGACUAAUCGUGCAAGCUCUCCCACUGAGCUGACAGCGUCACAAACAUGUUGAGGCGCGGUAGGACACCACCUCGCCUCUGAGCAUGUGACUUGGUGCCAAUAUCCUGCCAUUCUCCCAACAGCCUGCGCAUUGCUCCUUAUUAAGUAGUCAUUUAAUGCCCCUUGAAUGCCUUGAAACUAAAUAUGUUGCCAUUUCUUCACUAUGGCCGGGUCAAAAUCUUGGAACCCCCUCCCUGGCAGAGUUGAUCCCACACCCCAAGGACUACAGCAAAUCAAGAAGGCAGCUCACCACCACCCUCUCCAGCUGAGGGAUGGGCAAUACAUGCUGGUUCAACCAACCACUUCUAAAUAUCAUGAAGGGACAAAUAAACCGGUCCAGAGAAAAGUGCAGUGGUUGCCCCACACAGUCACAAGUUGUUUCCUAUAAAUAAACAGAGUUCUGAGGAAGGGUCACUGGACCCGAAACGUUAAAUCUGUUUCAUUCCUCCACAGAUGCUGCCAGACUUGCUGAGCUUUUCCAGCAACUUCUGUUUUUGUACAGUAAUGGCUGAAUUCAUUAAAUGACAUUUAUAAGGCGACUUUCACAUCUAAAAAAAGCCAUGAAGCCAGUUAGCUGCCUUUCAAAUUAAUCUGAGGCUGAUGACCCUCAGCCUAAACUACCAGUCAUUUGUCUUCCUCAUGAGAGAACAGGCGAUAUCGUCUGGCAGGACUGUGGCGAGUUUACGUUUUAAAGUGUAGCCCCCGCACGUUACGUAAACAAACUUAAUCCGAAGCUCAUCUGCUUCAUGGGGAUGGAGAAAUGUCAAGGCAGUGAGGUGAGCCAAGCUUAUGCCGACACUAGUUUCCUGAACCAGGGUCAAUUUGCACUCAGGUAUGAGUCUCAGGAUAUGAGGUAGGCCAUUUAGCGCUGAGAUGAGGAGAAAUAUCUUCAUCCAGAGAGUGGUGAUCUGAUAGAAUUUUGUGAGCCACAAAACGUAGCUGAAUUGAAUGUUUUCAUUGAAUGAACAUUGAAGUUCUGAGGAACGGUCACCGGCCCCGAAACGUUAACUCUUUUUUCCCCUCCAUACAUGCUGCUAGAUCUGCUGAGCUUUUACAGCAAUUUUGCUUUUGUUCCUGAUUUACAGCAUCCGCAGUUCUUUUGGUUCUUAAUGAAUGUUUUCAAGCGGGAGUUAAGACAUAAUUAUUAGAAUCAACGGGUAUGGGUUGAAAAAGUGGGGACAAGGGACUAAAUUGGAUGAUCGGCCACGAUCAUAUCGAAUGGCAGAUCAGGCUUAAGGGGCCGAAUGGCCUACCCCUGCUGCUGUUUUCUAUGUUUCUCUGUAGAACCGGGUGGAGGGCACGGACAGCGAUUUCAGAAAGUUGGUGCAACCCCUCAACACACACACACACACACACACACACACACACACACAAUUCGCUGCCCGGCUGUCUUAGGGAAGGAGGAUGGUUCCCAAAGUGGGCUGCAAGCUUUCCCCUCUGUCCCAGACCUCACUGAUGCAUGAGGAGGCUGCCUCAUCAAAGCAUAAAGAUUUGCAUUUGUGUAGCACCUUCCACCUACUCCCAAUACGCACUCCCCCCCCCCCCCACAAUCCAUUGCAGCAUUUGACACAGAGUCGCCGUUGUAGGGAAAACAUCAACUCCCGUGCACUCAACAAGAUCCCAAGAACGGCACUGUUAGGGAUGGCUUAUUUUAGUGUCGUUGGAGGGGCCGGUUAUUGGGCCUGGGAGAGGACGAGCGGUAGAACUCCCAAAUCCUUUACCCAUGUUGGGGAAGCGGGCACCUCCAACAGUGCAGCACUCCCUCAGGGCUGCACUUACCUAAGCCACAGAGUCAUAGGAAUGCACAGCACGGAAGCAGACCCUUUGGCCCACCUCGUCCAUGCCUGUCCUGAAUUAAUCUAGUCACAUUUGCCAGCAUUUGGCCCCCCGGAAACCCUUAUUUACAUACGCCUCCAGAUACCUUUUAAAUGUUGCAAUUGUACCGGCCUCUACCACUUCCCCUGGAACUUUGUUCCCAAGUGCUGAUUGUGUUGAAAUUGUUUCCGUUAGGUGGGGAGACUAGGACUCGUGGGCGUAGCCUUAGAAUUAGACAGGGUAAAUUUAAAACGGAAAUGAGGGCACAUUUCUUCAGCCAGAGAGUGGUGGGCCUGUGGAAUUCAUUGCCACGGAGUGCAGUGGAAGCCGGGACGUUAGAUGCCUUUAAGGCAGAGAUCGACAAAUUCUUGAUCUCACAUGGAAUCAAGGGCUACGGGGCGAGUGCAGGGGAGUGGAGUUGAAAUGCCCAUCAGCCAUGAUUUAAAUGGCGGAGUGGACUCGAUGGGCCGAAUGGCUUUACUUCCACUCCUAUGUCUUAUGCUCUUAUGGUAUUGUGAGUGGGCUUUGAGCUAGGAACCUGUAACCCAGUGGAGGGGACACUGACACAAACGAGUGUAACGUGCAGGCUGGUGUGGCCAGUAAACUCUGAAAAGAAUGGUACAGGACAUUGAGAUUUACUGUCAGACUGUAGAGGCACUCAUAGAAUAGGCAAGAAGCAUUUAAGAAACGUUCGCCGUCUAUAAUGAUUCAAGACAACAUUCAAGGGCACCUAGCAUCAGUAUCAAGAGAUGCGUGUCCAAAGAGAGUUGUUCUCUACUAUUUAUUUUACUUGAAUUCACCUGUAGCUCGAUGCUCGGUGGGGUUAUUGGAAGGUUCAGGAGGAGAUAGAAUCCUGGACACCUUCCCAAAAAAAAACGAGACGAAUAUAAACAUGGUGAUUGGAUUAUCUGGGUCCAGAAUGCACAGGGGAGCAGCACUCCACAUGUUGGAAAUUGACCUUUUAUUUAAUUCAGUCGUGGGAUGGGGGCAUCGCUGGGCAGCAUUUAUUGCUCAUCCCUAAGAAUCACAUUUCUGUGGGUCUGGAAUCACAAGUAGGCCAGCCCAACUAAGGAUGGCAGUUUCCUUCCCGAAAGGUCAUUAGUGAAACAGAGGGGUUUCCCCGCAACAAUCGACAAAGCUUCCUGGUCAUCAUUAGACUCUUAAUUCCAGAUAUUUAUGAGGUACAAAUUCCAUCUGCCAUGAUGGGAAUCGAACCCGGUUCGUCAGAACUUUAACAACAAGGGGGAGAGCUGGAUGAACACAGCAGGCCAAGCAGCA